CGGAUGGAUUAGUAUGGCCAGGUAGUGGUGGUGGUGGUGGUCAAUAUUAGUGUCACUACACAUUAUACUCCACUCUUAACUACCACCAGCAGCUGCUGCAAGAUGGCUGAUCCAUGGGUGGUCACACCUGGGGAACGAGCAAAACAUGAUGAACAAUUUAAUACUCUACGGCCCACCAAUGGCUUCAUCACUGGUGACCAAGCAAAGGGGUUUUUCUUACAGUCUCGAUUGCCACCUCCAGUACUGGGUAUUAUCUGGGCCUUGUCUGAUAUUGAUGGUGAUGGGAAGAUGAAUCUCCAUGAGUUCAGCAUCGCUUGUAAACUCAUUAAUUUAAAACUACGAGGUUUCAAUCUACCACAAGCGUUGCCGCCGUCACUUAAACAAACUGCCUGUGGCAGCAGUACUGGUGCUCCACCUCUUCCAGCUGUAGGAACAUCCAUGGAAUAUGGAAUGCCUUCCACUGUAGGAGUGGGUGCUGGGACCGGUUUAGGUCUUACAGGUCUUGAUAUUGGCCUUAAAGUCACUCCAGCCAGGGCUCCUGGUCCUGUGGUGUCACCUGUGGUUAUGUCAACCUCUGUACCUACUCCUGCCUCUAUCCCUUUUGCUCAUGGUACAGCUCUUGCUCCUAUGGCACCACCACUGGUUGCACCUCCAAGUAGUAUCUCUACUUCGAUGCCAGGGAUACCACCUGGGAUUAUUCCUGGUUCAUGUGUGGCAUCUACUGCAGGUGUAAUGCCAGGUAGUAUGCCGGGUAUGAUAUCAGGGAUUAUGCCCGGCUCUAUGGUAGCAAGGAUGCCUGCUUUAAUGACUGGACCAAGAGCAGGGGCCCAGCAAAGCAUGGUGGUGACAACCUUACCUACGGCUCUACCUGGUGCUCAUGAUACUGCAGCUCUUGGUGCCAGCAGCACUUACGUUAGCCCUGUGGUUGCUGCUUCCACUGUACCACCACCUGCUGGUAAGUUCUCGUGCACCCUCCUACCAAGUUUUCCUCUUAAUCUACUAAUCCACUUUACCACCACCACCACCUGCUUGUAGGUUCUCAUUCACCCU